AUGCUCCUUAUAGGCGGCGCCUCUGGACUAUACCGGAUCAGUUUCCCUAUUUUCGCAACAAUCUGUGUCAUAUGUGCCGGCGUAGCCAUUUCCUCUUACGGAGAGAUGAACUUCAACACGUUCGGGGUAUUAAUUCAAAUUGCAGGCAUCGGCUGCGAGGCAGUCAGACUCGCUCUCUCCGAGCUUCUUCUUAGUCCGUCGGGAAGAAAGAUGGAUCCACUGACAGCAUUGUAUCACUUUGCACCAGUUUGUAUGGCAUUCUGCGCGCUGGCCGCACCAAUUGUCGAAGGACCCAAUGUUUUCUUUGAUAGUCUAGCCACAUGGGGUGCCUUGACGUUGCUCUGGAAUUGCAUCGUUGCUUUUUUCCUCAAUCUGGCAGCUGUUGUUCUUAUCCGCCAUACAUCAUCCUUAACUCUGACGGUUUGCGGUGUGCCAAAGGCUAUGCUCACCAUAAUCGUAUCCAUCCAUUUUUGGGGGGAAGACAUACAAUUGGUGCAACUUGCUGGCUUUCUGAUGGCUAGCGCUGGAGUCAUUCAUUACUCGCAGCUAGACAUACGGAAGCGGAAGAUAGCCGAGGUCGGAACUGAGGAAGUGGGGGGUGUAUAA